AUGCAAAAAAUAUGGGAAUGGAUAGUGGAUAAAAAGACGAAUACGAUUCGAAAAUGGCGAUCAUCGAAUAUUCGACGGAAUAAUACGGAACCAGACGAUUUAGCAGCAUAUCGAAAUGGAAAACGAAAAUCGUACUCGGCUGGAAGUAUCACGUCGUCAUCGAAUAACUCCACAAAUAAAAAGAAUGCAGAUUUUGAGAAUUUUUUCGAAGAACCCCAAUUAAAAACCAUGUUAGAUGCGAGAAGAGAAUCAUUUAUGAGACACUCGAAUUCUGCUGAAGUCUUUCCAGUUGCACCUCCCGAUUUAGAAGUCUUUAUUGAGAGAUCUGCAAAAACCACACCCAAUCCCACACCACGAACCGUUAGAAAGCAGCUGCGAUUUGAUAUUCCAGAGGUGCACAUCCAAUUCGAAACGCAAGAGCCUCGAAAAGUGACAUUUGAAGGUGGAUCUCCAGCAUCAUCCACCUCGAAUUCCAUAGUUCCACCGCCAGUUAUCGAUUGGGAUUCGCCGCCAAAAAUCAAUAUUCUUCCUCAAAUGGUGGAACCAAGUCUUUGUUUUGAUGAUGAGGUAUCAGUUACAACGAGACGACUAUCAGCAAGUGAGAAGGCCCGGCAAAAUGUGAUUGCUCAGCGGCGACAAAGUAAUGUUCAGGUGAGGAGAGGGGCGGCGGGUUUCGAGCUCACUUAUCUUGUUUCCUGUAAGAGAUAUCCAAAAUUUUUUGUGCAAUCUAUGAGCGGCCGAACAACAACGACCACAUUGAUACCACUAACUUGUGCUCAGAUUCAUUUAGUUCGUGCGCUAUGGCGACAAGUUUAUACGACAAAGGGACCAACUGUCAUUGGAGCGAGCAUCUAUCAUCGCUUGUGUUUUAAGAAUUUGAUGGUAAAAGAGCAAAUGAAACAAGUCGAACUUCCGCCGAAAUUCCAAAAUCGUGAUAAUUUUAUAAAGGCGCAUUGUAAAGCAGUGGCUGAGCUGAUAGAUCAAGUCGUCGAGAAUUUGGAUCAUUUGGAUAAUGUAACAGGCGAACUGAUGCGAAUUGGACGGGUGCAUGCAAAAGUGCUCCGUGGAGAAUUGACUGGAAAAUUGUGGAAUACGGUUGCGGAGACGAUUAUUGAUUGCACAUUGGAGUGGGGCGAUCGGAGGUGUCGAAGUGAAACCGUGCGGAAAGCUUGGGCGUUGAUUGUGGCGUUUGUGAUCGAAAAAAUCAAAGCGGGACAUCAUGAACAGGUAGAUUUUUGGACGCUUUCUUUUUUGGAGAAUUAG